CUUCAGGAACCGGUUCCCAUGUAGGGACGAACCGGUUCCCACGUGAUUUUUGCAGAUUUUCUGUCUUGUAGCUGUAACGUAAACUUGUUUCAAUUUUUGAAAUUUAAAAGCUUUUUAUUGUCAUUUAAGUCACUCACACCCACUCACAUCCACUCAUUUACUCACUUUAAUAUAUAUUCUCUCAUCUUCAUCCUCUCCAAACCCUUCCACCUCCAUUAUUCAACCAAACUUUAAACCCCACUAUCUCACCAUAACUCUCAAAUUUUUAUUACCCACUACCUCACAACUAUAAAUCAUCCUUCAUUCUUCCAUAUAUCCCACUCAAAAUUUCCUUCACUCACCAAAUCCGAAAAUACAUUAUCAAAACCUAAGUUCUCAAUCCUUCAACCAUGGCACCCAAACUUUCAAGAAAUGCUAAAGGAAAGAAUAAGGUUGGUGAGACAAGUGAAGAUCCACAAGAACAACAACCAACUCUCAAAAGUCGGAGACUUACAUUCAACAUUCGGAGUCGGAAACUUCUUCCGGCAAAAUACGGUAACAUUCCGGAGGAUUGGCUACCUUAUAGUAAGGUUGAUGUGUUUGUGAGUAUGUGCCGACCAACUCAACGCGAGACGGCACGCCAACAACUUGUUACCAAAUUUAAUAUGUUCGGUUCAAGCUUAUCUGUAAGUGAUAGGAUGCUUCAUCUUAUCAUAGCUUAUGUUUUAUUUCCGAAGAAUUCUAACCAUUCCAGGAUAAACGAGUUCGAGUUGAUGGUGUUGCAUGCUCUAAGACGUGGCAUAGAGGUAAAUUGGUCUCUUUCAAUCAUGCGCCAUAUGCAACUAAUGGCUUCCCUUCAAGGAGGACUCCCAUAUGCAAGGGCAAUUUCUCGCAUUAUUCAAAAUGCCGGUGUUCUUCUUCAACGGGAACCAAAGAAGAGUAUGAAUAGACCCGAGUGUGCCAUCUCCACAACAUCCGCUUUAAAAAAUACCGGAAUUGUGAUGGGUAAUGAUGGAAGAUAUUUUUACAAGGUUGAUGUUGAGCCCGCCGCACAACAGAUGCAACAACCUCCCGAAGGAGGAUUUACCAUGGAUAUGAUGUUUCAAAAGCUUUGCUCUAUCCAAACAUCUACUGACAACAAUAGGAGGGAUAACAACUAUGAGCAUAAUCUUAUGAAGAAACAAAUGAGGGAUAUCCAACGGACUCAAAGAAGGAUCUUGGCACAUUAUGAGGAAGAGGAAGAGGGAAGUGAUGAAGAAGAAGAAGAAGAUGAUGAAGAUGAAGAAAACAUGGAUGAAAGUGACUAAUUUCUUUGCUUUUUAAUUACUAUGUUUUUAUUUUAUUAGUCUUUUAAUUUCAUGUUUUUAGACAUUGUCUUAAUUUAUGUUUCGUGAUGUUUAGGAUUAAAUUAUGUCUUUGUUUGUAACCGUAAAAACUACGUUCCGUAUCGUUCAUUCGUGUUAUGUUGUGAUGUUUUACAUUUCAUUGUGUGAUAUUUGUGUUAUGUUUCAAUUUCAUUUCAAGAUUAUCUUUUUCCCCAUCCUUUUUGAUAAUAACAAAGGGGGAGAAGAGUAUGCAUGUUUGUGUUGUUGUUUUGUUCAAAAGAAAAAAUGCAGGCCAUUGCUAAACAUUAAAACUCAUCACCAUAAAUCAAAGGAAUCAUGGAUUUAGGGGGAGUUUCUAACAUAGGGGGAGCCUUGCAUUAUUCAACAAUUUUUUCAAAAGCACAAAACAACUCAAUCUCAAAACAUUUUCAAGACUUGGUUGUCAUCAUCAAAAAGGGGGAGAAUGUAAUUGCAAAAGCCUCUCAAGCAUAUGUGUUUUGAUGAAGACAACAUGGACAUCAAGCUCUCAUAAAGGAUGUGCAAAAAGAUUGUCAAAGCUAAAGAAACAUCUUUCAAAGUCUUGAAGAUAUUGUGAAGAUUCAAGAAUCAAGAAAUAAAUGGCAAAGGUAUAAACAAUACUCACUUUGACAUAUAAUUGUUCACAAUAUCUACUCUCAUGCAUAUCAUAAUCAUAAACAAUUUUCAUAUACCAUAGAAACCACUUAAAACCUUUUUUCAUAGUUAAAUUUCAAAAUAAAGGUUUUAGGAACCGGGUUGUCCCUACAGGGGAACCGGUUCCCAGAUUUCUCAAAUUUUCACUCUCUGUGGUUUACUAUGGGGAACCGGGUUGUCCCUAUGCAGGAACCGGUUCCUCAGUGCAAAAAUUCAAAUAUUCUGCUGUAACGUUCAGCAGGAACCGGGUUGUCCUAUACAGGAACCGGUUCCUACUGAACCAGUGUGACUUUUCCAUUGCUUGUUUCACAUAAACGAAAAUAUAUUCUUCACAUUGAAACAUUGCAUUCCUACAUGGAAAAAUACCCUUUUGAAAAGGUGUUUAACACAAUAUAUAUUACACAUCUUUCAUAAUCAUUUUUUCACCUUCUUCAUUAACAAUUCAACUUCAUAUAUUAUUCUUUUUUCAAAUAUUUUCAAAGUGUUCAUCAUUCAUCUCUUUCAAAGUGAAACUUGCUAUACACUCUUUCAUUGAGAAAAAUAUUCUAAGUUUCAUGCAUACAUUGUGAACACUUAUAUUCAUUUUGAGAAUUGUUUUAUUGAAGAAGAAGAUCAAUCCAAGAUUGAUAAGUGCUAUACAAACUUCAUCUAAAUCUCUUGUAAAAAUUCAAAGUUAUUAUUCCUUACUAUCCAGGAUUGUUGGAAGUAAGUGUUGUGUUUGAAGAGGAUUGUUCUUCAUCCACAUUAGUGUUGUUUGAUCUUAAAGGUGUUAAGAACCUUUGAUCACCCUAUAGGUUAGAUAGUAAAGCAUAGGCUUGUACAAUAAUUCUAACUAUAGUGAAAUCUCUUUCGUGUUUGAAAGGGGACUGGAGUACUCUCGGAUU